CAGUGAAACACCUUGGCCCCGUUGCGCUGGCCGUAUGUGGAGAGUUUUUACACUGCUGGGCCUUCUCUGCGAUGCAGCAGGCGGGAAGAAGCCGGGUGCGGCGCUGAAGAAGAUCCCCGCCCGCAGCUUCACUAUGGGCGGGGACGAACUCUCGGGUGCCCCGGGCACCGUGCAGGUCUCGCUGCAGGAGUACAAGAUCGAUGAGACUCCGGUGACCAACGCUCACUUCCGGAAGUUUGUGAGAGCCACGAAGUACAGGACGGAUGCUGAGAAGUUUGGCUGGAGCUUCGUGAUCAACAGCUCGCUGAGCGAGGCGGCGCUGCUAGAAGCCGAGCGAGCAGUUCAGGAUGCUCCACAGUGGGUCGCAGUGGAGGGAGCAUGGUGGCGACAACCCGAGGGGAGUGAUUCCAAGCAGAGGGCCAACUGGGACGAGUUCCCGGCUGUGCACAUCAGCUGGACCGAUGCCAUUGCCUACUGCGAGUGGGCUGGCAAGAGGCUGCCGACGGAGGCAGAGUGGGAGAACGCGGCCAGAGGAAAGCGAAAGGAGUCCCUCUAUCCUUGGGACGAUGCUCGCCCGACUGCGAACGGCAGGUGGAUGAUGAACAUUUGGCAGGGCCCCUUCCCGCAGGAGGAUUUGGGAGAGGACGGCUAUCGUGGGCUCAGCCCUGUCAAGGCCUUCCCCGCGAACUCCUACGGGCUGUACUCCACUGUGGGGAACGUUUGGGAGUGGACGGCAGACCCUUUCCGAAGCAGGCAGAGCGAGGAGGAGCAGUGGACCCUGAAGGGCGGGUCCUUCAUCGACAGCGUUGAUGGGGAGUUCAACCACAAGGCCACGGUGGUGACCCGCAUGGGCAACACCGCGGACAGCGGCUCCUACAACACGGGCUUCCGAUGUGCGACCGGCAAGGGUGGCGGGGGACGGAAACGGCCUCCGGACCAGAAGAUGCUGCAGAAGCUUGCGGAGGAGGGCGGAGUGGAAGCGGUGCAGGAGUACCUGAAGAAGACCGGGUCCGACGCCUCCGUCAUGACCCCUGAGCAGCUGCAGAAACAUCGGGACAGGCUGAAGGAGUUGCAGAGCGAAGAGUUGUGAGCGAAAAAGAAGUGGACAGCGUCUCAAGCUCUCAAGUCCAUUAUUUAGGAGGUGCUAUUCGCUUCCGCCAGAAGUGCUGUGACGAGCAGGUGAUGCAACCGCGUUGCCAUUGCCAGGCCUAUAGCUGAAGAAGCUACGAUCC